UCAUAUAUUUUUAAUUUUUUUUGCGACAAAAGAGAGAGAAUUUCACCGUCACAGCCGACGGCUGACUUUGCGACGGAGCAUGGAGAUCGUCAACCGGCAGCAGCGGAGCUCCGAAAGGAAGAUGUUUGGUCUCUGUCCUUUUUGGCAAACUUCGACGACGACAAACGACUUUUCCUCUUCUUCUUCGACUAGAAAUUUCAACCACAAUGGAAGCCGCCAUUUGGAGACGGUGCCCGUCAAGCGCUCAAAAACCGUCUCUUCCAUUGCCAGAUCUCUUCUUCCUCCCCGGCGCCGGCUUCGCCUCGAUCCUUCUAAUAACCUCUACUUCCCUUAUGAGCCUGGAACUCAGGCGAGAAGUGCGAUCAGGUUGAAGAACACUAGUAAAUCUCACGUGGCUUUCAAGUUUCAAACUACUGCCCCUAAGAGUUGUUUUAUGCGUCCACCUGGUGGAAUUUUGGCUCCAGGGGAAAGCAUUAUCGCGACUGUGUUUAAGUUUAUAGAGCGUCCAGAGAAUAAUGAGGUGCAGGUGGAUUUAAAGAGUAAGGUUAAAUUUAAGAUAAUGAGUUUGAAGGUAACAGCCGGAGUGGAUUACUUGCCUGAGCUUUUUGACGAACAAAGGGAUCAAGUGACUGUAGAAAGAAUUUUGCGGGUUGUAUUUCUGGAUGUUGGUCGGCCUAGCCCUGCAUUGGACAAACUUAAGCGUCAGUUAGCUGAGGCUGAGGCUGCUCUUGAAACACGCAAGAAACCCACCCCUGACACAGGUCCCCGGGUUGUCGGAGAAGGUCUUGUAAUUGAUGAAUGGAAGGAGCGAAGAGAAAAAUACCUGGCACGUCAGCAAGUUGAAGCGGUGGAUUCAACGUGAAGUGUUCUUUGAUUUGGCUGUAAGUGCUUUUUUUUCUUCUUUGGUUGAAUCCCUCAAUUUGCUCAUCAUUAGAGGAGGGAAGGUGAAAGAGAUGAGUUGAUGGAUCAGUUCAUGUAGAGGAGAACCACAUGUUCUCAUGCCAUUUUCAGCUUUAUGAACAUUGUAAAGGUCAAGGAACCCAACUUUUGGGCUAAUGCCAUCUUACUUGUAGAUAGUGGUUGUUCUUUUUGUCAUGGAAAUAAAUGUAAGGCACAAUGCAUUUUCAUAUUUGGUGCACUUUUUGAGGUUGGAGUGGUUAUAUACAUGUUAUAGGUGUUUAGCCUCGUUUUUCUGUUGAAAUAUUUGACUAUAGCAAUUGAAUUCGCUAGGGUUGUAUUGUACACUGCUAUUGUAGAUGAACAAGCUUGAAUUUUUCUCUGGUUUGAAGUGAU